GUCAAUUGCGCGUCACGUGAUAUGAUCGAAUCAGUGUAUUUUCCCAGCCAGUCCACCUUCGAUGAAAAUAUUGACUAGUUGGUCCACGAAUAUAUUUUUCACGUGUCUGGCGCCCUCUCUUGGAUUAGAUGUUACCAAUUACAGGAAAAUAACAUAGGUGGGACUAAAGUAGCUAUCGUUUGCAAUCGAUCACAACUCGAUAUCAAUAUUGCAAUAAAUUUUCAGGCCGAGUAUAUACCGCGUAGGCCUAAUAGGAUUUAGUGCAGUGAGUCCGGUCCACGUCCAGUCCCAGUUUAAUUCAAUAAUACUUCAAAAUGGAGCCUAGAUUUGUGCUAAUGAGCAAUGAGGAAUUAGACCAGCUUUUGGACAAUAAGGAUUCUAAAUCUACCAAGAAUGUUGUGAAACAGGCGAUAGAUAUAUUCAGUUGCUAUUGUAGGGCAAAGUCUCUUGACGUUGGAAAAGUGGAGACGGAAUACUCGGAGCAAGAGUUAUGCGAGUGCAUUCGAUCAUUCUACGCAGAGGUGCGGCGGGGAAAUGGCCAAUGUUACGCAAAGAGUUCCAUGAUCACAAUACGCUAUGGUCUCCAAAAGCACUUUCUUAAAACAAAGGCAAUGGGCAUUGUGAACAGUGUUGAAUUUAGACGUGCAAACGACAUGUUUGCUGCAGUCCUCCAUAAACUGAAAGCUGAAGGAAAGGGUUCAAUUACACACAAGGAUCCUAUUAGUAAGGAAGACUUUAAAAAAAUAAUGACUUCGCGAGCCUUGGACCGUUCUACUCCGAGAGGUCUCCAAAAUGCUGUGUUUGUGAAUCUAAUGUUACACCUGUGUAACAGAGGCAGGGAGAAUCUUAAGGAUCUAAGGACAGAGGACUUCGCUAUUGCUACAGAUUCGAGCAACAGGAGAUAUGGUUAUCUUGCGAAGGAUAAGCUGACUAAAAAUCACAGAGGAGACAAAGAUGAUGAUUCAAAGAGCCAAUGUGGUCGGAUGUAUGAGACGAAGGAUGAAAAUUGUCCCGUCAAGUCAUUCUGUGAAUAUGUUUCGCAUCUGAAUUGUGAUUUUCCAUUUUUUUGGCAUCGACCAAAAUCAAUUUCGCCUCAAGAAAAUGUCACACUUGGAAGCGGUCCUGGACCAGGGACAGUAGAACAAGACCAAAAUGUGCCAUGGUAUGAUCAUCAGGUUGUUGGUAAGAAUGCAUUGGGGAACAAAAUGAAAAGCAUUAGCAUUGAAGCUAACACGUCAAGGCCCUACACAAACCAUUGCAUUAGAGCCACAACUAUCACUACGUUAGAUGAGCAAGGAUUUGAGGCCAGGCAUAUCAUGACGGUUUCAGGACAUAAAAGUGAGAGCAGUCUUAAACAUUACUCUCGAGUUGACGAAGGACACAAACGACAAAUGAGCUUAUGCUUGUCAGAAAAAUGUCAGUCAAAAGUUAGGCUUUCUACUAGUCCAAGUAGUACAACAAGGUCUAAUGGUGCUAGAUCUGGUCCUGGUCCUGGAUCUGGUCCAGCAAAAGAAAGAUCAGGACCACCAUGUACAGUCAGCAGGCCACCACGUAGUCCUGUUUCAUCUCACCCACCACCAGAAUCUGCACCUGAUGUUAUGACUCAGCCUCAGGAUCUACAGAGAUCCACAUUGGGUCCUGGACCAAGUCCUGGAACGACAUCAGAGAGAUCAGCCUCAGGGAAACCUUGUGGUACAAUCAGCAGGCCGCCAUCUAGUCCUGUUAUAUCUUAAUUUUUUGCAAAUGUUACGGCUCAGAAUCAACAUGGAUCUCGGUCAGCCCUGUGUCCUGGACCGGACUCACAGUCCUCGCCUCAAAUGAACUUUGUAUCAAACAAAUUGGAUGUGGACCAGAAAAGGGUCGUACAGUACCACUUUCAUCAGUGUACUGUAAACAUAAUAAACAAGUAGACAAUACUGCAUCGUACCUUAUGUAAAUAUGUUGCGUUCGUGUUUGUUGUUAUACGUUGAACAGUUGGAACAAUUGGAAUUUCAUUGGAAUAUAGACUACCACUAGACUAGGACUUAGGAUUUUUGUUUUUGGCUUUAUCUCUGUUGGAAUUGGAAGUUUUGCAAGGAAUGGAUCUGGUAAGUAAAUUCUAUAUUUAAUGUUAGUUUUAAGGCUUAUGUAGAUCUAGUUUAAUCUAGGCCUAGGUCUAACGUUCAUUUCUUUACAAAUUAGAGUCUCGUUAAAAAAUCUCCAUCAUUUUAGGCUAUCUAAUAUAACAGAUAUUGACUGAUUGGGUGUGUAAAAUAAACAUUCU